AUGGGCAUAAAUUCUUCCAAUAUCAGCUAUAUCGUAAUGUUUGGUCUGCCACAGAGCAUGUUAGAUUUACAUCAGGAAGCAUGGCGAGGAGGAAAAUGUGGCUUGCCAACUGAUGUUAAGAUUUGUUUUUAUGGCCAGCAAGUUUCUUACUGUGAUGAUGGUGUGAGAGAUUUUGUCAAUGCAACUGGUUGUUUGUGUGUCGCUGCAUAUUCCAGUUUUGAUGCUAAAACAAAAACUUGUUUUUGUCCCAACAAAAACUUGUUUUUGUCCCAGGAAGGUUGAACUGAAUCUGAAUCAAUCAAGCCUUUUGAGCAAACAGUUGGUGAAAAUCACCUUCAACAACCACCAUGAAAAUAGCGUGCACAGCAGGUGGUUUUUAAUUUUUUCCAGGCAAGGAAGUACAGCCUGCCGCAAAAAUGGAUUGUUUAGUAUUUUAGGUACAAUCACUUUCAAAAGUUGUUGGGACACAUGCAGUUUUAGACAUAAAUUAAUCUAUACAGAUUGUUACACAUAAUAUUGCACCCCUCCCCUCCCCCUCCCCAAUCAAUGUUGAUUUCUCAAUUCGAAUACCAAUACUCAUCAAACUUGGUGAACAAUGGCACACAACAUUGAAAAGGGGACGGAGGGCGACCAUUUGUUAAAAUUAAAGGGUUUUGUUGCAUUUGUCCCAACACAUUUGAAACUGAUUUUCUGAACCCCAUAUCGACAGAUUUACCACCUGUGAACAGCACGGAUGCAGUUGGUCUGGAGUCUAUAACAAUUACUGUUGAAGAGGUUUGCUGUUUGUUGUCUGGUCUUUGUACCACCAAAGCAACUGGUCCUGAUGGAAUAUCAGCAACAUUGUUGAGAGAAUGUGCGACAGAACUGGCGCCAUCUUUAACUGAACUUUUCACAAUGUUGCUUGCCCAUGGUAAAGUUCCUAGCGAGUGGAAACAAGCAAACGUUGUUCCAGUACCAAAGAAAGAUGAUCCAAGUGAAAUCAAUAACUAUUGUCCCAUUUCACUUCUCUGUAUAAUCUCUAAAGUUCUCGAGCAUAUAGUCCACAGGCAAGUUUAUAAAUUAAUCAAACCAUCGCUCCACAAUCUUCAACACGGUUUCCGUCCAAACAGAUCCUGUAUAACCCAAUUACUGGAAGUGCUUCAAGAUAUUGAUAAGAACCGGGAUUCCAGAAAGACAACCAAUGUCGUUUACUUAUAGACUUCUCGAAAGCUUUCGAUUCAGUCUCCCAUCCAAAUCUUAUUCAGAAACUUAGAGAUCACGGUAUAUCUGGUCCUUUGCUCAAAUGGUUUUGUGACUACCUUACCUCAAAGAAACAGCAUGUUGUGUUCAAUGGUGUGUCACCAUCCUUUCUCGAAGUAACAUCAGGCAUCCCGCAAUGUAGUGUAGUUGGCCCACUGUUGUUUAUCAUCUAUGUAAACGAAACCACUCACAGCAAGACACCGAUGUUUGCCAACAACAGUCAGCGCUACAGACAAAUUACCUUGCCUGAUGAUGAACAAUUACUCCAAUGA